AAAUAAAAAAUAAAAAAUCGGCUGCGAAAGAGUCACACACUUCGCGUGUUAGGGUCGUUUCAGCCUUUCUCUCACUACUCUCUCUAUCUUCCCGUAUAUCUCUUUCAUCGCCGGAACCCUAAUUCGAUCCGCCGGACCUCGCACUCACCGUAGAUGACUGUACGAUUGGCGAAUAGGUGAGAUCACAGGGGCUGGAUUUCCUCGCCGAAUGGAGGGAGGUAGCGUUUUUAGACUUUCUUCUUCUGGGAUACAUCCAUGGAUUAUGAUGACAAUGAUUUUCAAAGCCAGAAUCUCCAUUUACCUGGUGAAGGGAGCACAAAAUUUCCCCCAGUAUUAAGGCCAUACGCUCUCCCUAAGUUUGAUUUUGAUGAAAGCCUUCAAGGGAAUUUAAGAUUUGAUAGUUUGGUUGAAACUGAAGUUUUCCUUGGUAUUGAAAGUAACGAAGAUAACCAGUGGAUUGACGCAUACUCCCGGGGGAGUAGUGGCAUAGAGUUCAAUUCAACUGCAGCUGAAUCUUGCUCUAUAUCAAGGCAUAAUAAUGUUUGGUCUGAGGCCACUUCCUCAGAAUCUGUUGAAAUGCUAUUAAAAUCUGUUGGACAGGAGGAAUUUAUCCCUAGAGAAACUGUUAUACAGGAAUCUGAUGCCUGUGAUGAACUGGCAUGCUUAGCUAAGCAAAUGGAGCCCGAUCCAAAACCUGACGAUAGAAAUGAUUUUAAAGAUAAUGUUACUGAUUUACAGCCACCAGAUUAUAUCCAUGAAAACUUGGCUGGAUUAAGGGAUGUAGAAAGGGAGCAGUCACUGGCUGGAGUUUCCCAAGAAGAACUAUCCAUUGAUGGAAGUUUAAGUAAUCUACAGCCACAUGAUAUGCUUGGAAAUGUUGGCUUGCCCAUGACUAGGGGAAUUCUCUUCACUGAUGGCAAAAGUAAUGAUACAAAUCAAGGAAAAGUUGAGACUGUGGCUGAUGGUUCUGUUGAAGAAAAAACUCAAGAGGAUUUGACUGCUUCAGGGGUGAAGACUAGUAUUACUGCAACUUCUGUACAAAAUAUCUCUUCCACUUGUGGUAUCUUAAACGUUCAAAAUGAGAAAAGUUCUUUACAAAUACAAAAUGAGCAAGAUUUGGAUUCUUCUGUGAUUAACAAGGAUUCAUAUGUGGACACUCAAACUUUGGAUGUAUAUGCAGCUGCUGGUGAAGCGCAUCAUUCAGAUAAACCUCUUUAUUCGAUUCCCAUGGAAGAAACAUUGGAAAGUGGCAAUGUAGUUGAAGGCCUUGAGACUUCUGGAAGUAUUUUAGAGGGCUCCUUGAGCAUGGUAUCUGAUGGUAUUUCUGACUUCCAUAAUGCAGAAAGAUGCAAUCAAGAUGCACAUUUCAGAGAUUUGUCUUGGGGCAAUGCAAAGGAAGGUAUAACUGUGGAUAAUCAAUCUGCACCAAAUACAAGUGACUCACCAAUGGUUGAAAUUAAAGAUGAUUCCAGUUCUGAGGGGCAUAUAGUUGGGGUCAGCAAAUCCGAGUGUAGUACAUGUCCUAAUUUUCAGCAGAAUGUGGGUACCGUUGAGAAGACAUAUAGUGAAACCAGCGUUUCUAAGGAAAAGGAGUUAUUGAACAUUGGUAACCAGAUGGACACAAAGGUUUUAUUAAGUAAGUCAGAGGCAUCUGUGUUUGCUGUGGGGUCUAAUGACACUUCUACUGUUAGUAAAGGAAAUAAUGAUAGUAAAGCAGGAGAUUUUUCUAGUUCAGGUGCAGUGGCUUCUAAAAAAUCUUGUAUUUCGGGUGAGGCGACUCAAGUAUCUGAAAACAAUGAACCUGACAAGCAUGGUGACCAUCAAAACUGCUGUCAAAAUGUUUCUGCUACGGAUCAUGAUAAUAAAGUGGCCACUUCUGAUUCUAGCCUAGUGCAUCGUGAUGUUGACCAAUCCCAUCUCGUUGAUACAGGAGUUAGUUCAUCAUCUUUUAGUGCAGGUUGCAUGGAAACCAAGUUGGCAACUUCCACAGUAUCAUUUGACAUCAAGCCUUUCAAUAAUUCAGCUUCACAAUAUCUAUCAGAAAAUAUUAGUUUAACAUCCCGUGAAAUGGUUGAUGUUCCACCUCCUAGCAAAGCUGUGUCCACACAUGAAGUUACAGAUCACUAUGAACAAAGAGUGGUGUUUGUUGGGUCUGCUUCCAUUGAUGAAAAUGAAAACUCUGUAUCUGAAAUAGCCAAUGAAGCAAGCUGUGAAGCUAAAAUAGCCAAUGAAGCUACCUGUGAAGCUAAAAUAGUCAUUGAAGCAAGCUCUGAAGCUAAAAUAGCCAAUGAAUCAAGCUCUGAAGCUAAAAUAGCCAAUGAAGCAAGCUCGGAAGCUAAAAUAGCCAAUGAAGCAAGCUCGGAAGCUAAAAUAGCCAAUGAAGCAAACUCGGAAGUUAAAAUACGCAACGAAGCAAGCUCUGCAGCUAAAAUAGGCAAUGAUGCAAGUUCUGAAGCUAUAAUAGGCAAUGAAGCAAGCUCUGAAGCUAAAAUAGCCAAUGUAGCAAGCACUGAAGCUAAAAUAGCCAAUGAAGGUUGUUCUGAAGCUAAAAUAGCCAAUGAAGCAACUACGACUCUUCCUGUUAGGUCUUCUGAACAGGAAACUGCUCCUUGUCCUGUUACUGGAACUGAAAAACAAGAUUUUUCUGAUACAUCUAGACAAUUGUUGUGUGACACAGUAAGCAGUUGUGUGACUACUGCUUCUGAAAAGAUGGGUAAACCUCAAGAAACACUGGGUGAUAAGGUUGAUCAGGAGUGCACAAAAGAGGUUGGUGUGGCUGCAGUUCUGUGUGAAUCAAUAGAGAAACCUGGGGAUGAAGUUGCAGUUUCUUUUACCAAGGAUGACAAAGAGGCAAUACAAGAGAACAAUGACAAGUCAUCCUCAAAAAUAUCAGGUUCCAAAUCUUCCGUUCCUGAUUCUUGCUCUGAGUUGCAUGAAACUGGAACCAAUCCCACCAAUCCUGCCGAAAAUACUUGUGGUGCCUCUGUUAUAUUUGGAAGCAAUCCUGAAACUGAAAAGGAUGUGAAUCAAGUUAAGGCUUCUGCUCAUCUAGUUUCUGAGUACAUAAAUAAGGAUGCAUUGAACACGUCUACUGAUCAUGAUCCUAAGGGGAAUGAUGCAUCUAAAGGUGAGAGAAGCUUAGCUCCUGAGGUAAAUCCUGUGAUGAAUUUGUCUAAAAAAGAUGUUUCAGAAAAGACCACGAAAAGAACAAAUUCUAGCAAAAAGAGGCAACAAGCUCCUGUUACUGCAGCCAACAAAGCUUCAACGGUUGUAGAGGAAUCUUCAUUGACUUCUGCGCUAGGUACUCCCAAAACCAAAGUUGCAGGAAAUAUCCCCCUUGGGAGUCCACAAAUAUCUGAUGGUGUUAUAGCACACAGUGUUUCUCAAGGUACACCUGAACGCAAAACUAGGCGAGCCUAUAAUAAGUCAGCUGGAAAGGAAUCUUCUAGAAAAGGAAAUAAAGGAAAAACUCCAGGAAGACAGUCAGAAAGAGGUGAUAGAUCAACUAGUGUGUCUUUGAGCCCAUCACCUGGUUUCCAGGUGAUGCAAUCAAAUGAAGUGCAACAGUAUGGGCAUGUUGAUUCUAUCGGUACAAAACCAUUUGCUAUCUUAAACACUUCAACAUCUAGCCUUCCAGAUUUAAACUCUUCAGCUUCUCCAGCUGUUCUGUUUCAACAACCUUUCAUGGAUAUUCAGCAAGUACAAUUGCGUGCACAGAUAUUUGUCUAUGGGGCUUUGAUUCAAGGCACGGUACCUGAUGAGGCAUAUAUGAUAUCAGCUUUUGGGGGCCCAGAUGGUGGAAGGAGCAUUUGGCAGAAUGCAUGGUCUUCUUGCAUGGAAAGGCAGCAUGGUAAAAAGUCUUAUCCUAUUGACCCAGAAACACCUCUGCAAUCAAAAUCUGGUUCCAGAACCACUGAUGUCACAGUUAAGCAAAAUGCACUUCAAGGAAAAGGUAUCUCUUCACCUCUUGGCCUAGCCGGCAGCAAGGCUACUCCAACAGUUGCAAACCCUUUAGUACCCCUUUCAUCCCCCCUUUGGAGCCUACCAACUCCUUCCUGUGAUCCCCUUCAAUCUAGUGCCUUUGCUAGAGGUUCUGUUAUGGAUUAUUCACAGGCACUUGCUUCUUUGCAUCCGUAUCAAACCACACCUCUCAGAAACUUUCUUGGACAUAACACAUCUUGGUUAUCCCAAACCCCCCUUCGUGGAGCAUGGACUCCUGCUCCUGAUAACAAUAAUCCCCAUCCUUCUGCAUCACCUCUCACAGAUACCUUUCAGUUCAGUUCGGUCAAAGUAUCUUCUGUACCUCCUUCCUCUAGCAUGAAGAAUGCUGUUCCUGGUCUUCCAGCUUCUAGUGCAGGCCUACAAAGUGUAUUUAUAGCAACUUCCCCUGUGCUUGAUACAAACAACCUGAUGGCAUCGAAUGCUCAGCAUUCUUCAGAUCCAAAGCCCAAAAAAAGAAAAAAAGCCAUGGUAUCUGAGGAUCUUGGCCAAAAGGCUGUGCAUUUGCAGUCUCAACUAGUACCUACUCCUGUUGUAAGCAGCCAUAUAUCUACUGUUGCCACUGCAACCCCUGUUGGGAGUGUUCCCAUAUCAGUUCUGCCUGUAACUCCUCUAUCUCUUGCUGAUCACCUCAAAAGUGACUGGAAUGUUGAGAAGAGGAUUCUGUCAGAUGAGUCUCUUAUGAAAAUUAAGGAGGCAAGGGUAAAUGCAGAGGAAGCUUCUGCUCUUUCUGCUGCUGCUGUGAAUCACAGCCUGGAGAUAUGGAAACAGUUGGAUAAGCAAAAAAAUUCUGGAUUGGUGUCAGAUAUCGAGGCCAAAUUGGCUUCUGCAGCAGUUGCAGUUGCAGCUGCUGCUGCUGUUGCAAAGGCAGCAGCUGCUGCUGCCAAUGUUGCUUCAAAUGCUGCUUUGCAUGCAAAAUUGAUGGCUGAUGAAGCAUUAGUUUCAUCUGGUUAUGAUAAGUCUUGUCAAAUUUCUCAUUCAGGGGUUGUGAGUAACUUGGGAAAAGCAACCCCUGCGUCCAUCUUGAGGGGUACUAUUGGAACCAAUAGCUCUAGUUCUAUUAUUGGAGCUGCAAAGGAGGCUUCAAGGAGGAGAAUGGAAGCCGCUUCAGCUGCCAGAAAACGAGCUGAAAAUAUGGAUGCUAUUCUGAAGGCUGCUGAGCUGGCAGCAGAAGCUGUAUCCCAGGCUGGAAAGAUUGUUACUAUGGGAGAUCCUUUGGAAUUAAAUGACCUGGUAGAAGCUGGUCCAGGGGGUUGUUGGAAUGUAGCCCAAGAGUCCUCUCAGCAAGUUGGAUUGUUGAAAGACGUGACCAGUGGUCUGGUGAAUGUUGACAAUGUUGGAGACAGACUGGAAAGUUCUCAUAUAUGUAAUAGAGAUAAUUCAUCUCAUGAAAAGGGGAAGAAGACUGCUGCAAGUGAGAAGUUGCCUUUUCAUACAAUGCAUAGUGAGAUACCUCAGGACCUUAUGAGGUCCAUUGAUGCCAUUUCUCCUAUUAUUAACACCAGUGAAAAGAGUUCAAAAGGACCAAAGGGCCGUAGAGUUUCUGAUUUAGUCAAUCCCAUUGAUGUGCUUCCUGAAUCUGAGACUGAAAUAAAGGCUGCUUUCACAGCUGGUAAUGGGCCUGAAAAUGUGGAGGGAAAUAACUUCAAGGAGGGCUCACUUGUAGAGGUUUUCAAAGAUGGAGAAGGAUUUAAAGCAGCAUGGUACACGGCCAAUAUAAUAAGUUUGAAGGAUGGUAAAGCUUAUGUGUGCUACACUGUGCUUGUAGACGAUGAAGGUACAGGGCCUUUGAAGGAAUGGGUUUCACUUGAUGGUCAAGAUGACAAACCUCCCAGAAUACGUACUGCUCGUACUCUUACUGGUUUGCAUAAUGAAGGAACAAAGAAGAGACGGAGGGCAGCUUUAGUAGAUUAUACUUGGUCUGUUGGGGAUAGGGUUGAUGCGUGGAUACAAGAAAGCUGGCAGGAAGGAGUUUUGACAGAUAAGAAUAAGAAAGAUAAGACAUUAACUGUUCACUUCCCAGUUAGUGGAGAAACAUCAGUUGUCAGAGAUUGGCAUCUACGUCCAUCCCUUGUUUGGAAGGAUGGGAAAUGGAUCGAGUCUCCCAAGGUUGGAGCAAUUGAAAGUUUUACCCAUGAGGGUGAUACACCUCGUGAAAAGCGACCUAAGUUGGGUAAUCCUGCAGUAGAAGUAAAAGGGAAAGACAAGAUUCCAAAAGGUUCUGAUGUUGUGGAGACAGCAAAUCCUGGCGAGUUGAGGUUACUUGACUUGAGUGAAAAUGAUAAAGUGUUCAAUAUUGGUAAGAACAGCAAGAACGAAAAUAAAUCUGAUGCACAAAGAAUGGCUCGGACUGGUCUUCAAAAAGAAGGAUCAAGAGUGAUUUUUGGUGUUCCUAAACCUGCAAAGAAAAGGAAAUUCAUGGAAGUAAGCAAGCACUAUGUUGAAGAUGGGACAAGUAAGAUCAAGGAUGGAAAUGAUUCAGUUAAGCUUGCAAAUUUCUUGAUACCUCACGGUACUGGAUCACGUGGGUGGAAAAUUAGUUCCAAAAAUGAGACCAAGGAGAAAUUAGGAGCUGACUCCAGGCCCUCCUUUAAGUCUGGAAAGCCGCAAAGUGUUUUGGGUAGAGUGAUCCCACCUAAAGAAAACCCUUUAUCAAACUCUCGUACUAAUGAUCUGACAAGUCGUGCUGAAAGGAUCAAGGAUUCUUCAAGUCAUUUUAGGAGUGAACAUCAGGUGGAAAGAGCAUCUUAUUCUGGAAACACUGGAGCUGGGGGCGGACCAAUCUUGUAUUCAUCAGUUGCGUCUUCAACUGAUUCUCAUCCCACUAAAAAGACAUCAACAUCAAGGGCAAGUAAAGGAAAACUUGCGCCUGCUGGUGGAGGUUUGGGUAAGAUUGACGAGGAAAAAGCUUUUAAUGAAAAUCCAGUGAAAUCAACAUCUGAAAUCACUGAGCCUCGUAGAUCCAAUCGCAGGAUCCAGCCAACAUCAAGACUAUUAGAAGGAUUGCAGAGCUCUUUAAUUAUCUCAAAGAUUCCUUCUGCUUCACAUGAAAAGGGUCACAAAAGCCAGAAUCGGAAUACUACUAGGGGUAAUAACCAAGGUUGAACGAGGAGUUGCAAUGUGCGGUUCAGUUGAAAGACCACCACAUUCGACAUAGACAUGUAUAUUUAUAAUAGGGAACAUAGGAGUGGAAAUUCUUGUUUCCUUCGGUUUAGGCAGAGACUAGUCCCCCAGUAGAUGUCAAUAUUGAUUUUAUCUUGUUUACAAUAUGAUUUAAUUUAAUCCUGUAGGCUGUAUAUGGAAUUUAUCCAUGUUGACAUGUUUAUACAAAGGUUUGUCGAUAUGAUCAAAUGUUAGCGUCAUGUUCCUCAUUGGAUAUCGACUUUUACCCAUCCCCAGUUCCACUUC